AUGGACGCUGACGAGGUAGAUGGGCACAAGCAGGACCAGAUGGAAGAAAAAGGCAACGAUGUUGGUAGGGGUCAUGCCGAUGAUUCUGACGAGUCGGAUGAAGAAGAAAAUGUAGAGGAGCUCCUCCACACACUGCAGCAGCGGAAUCUAGGCACCUAUGUCGAUAUCCAAGACCUUUUCAUGCCAGAGUUACCAACUGUGAGGGUGUUGCAAUGUCUCUUCUUCUCUUUCGGUGUAUGCAUCGAAGCUUUCAGGCAUUGCCGACCGAUGAUAUGUGUAGAUGGUACUUUUCACACUGGCAAGUACAAAGGUCAGAUCCUGAUAGCCAUAGGUCAAGAUGGCCAAAAUCAAGUUGUCCCACUCGCAUUUUCUUUUGUGGAGAGUGAGAACAUUGAAAGUUGGACAUGGUUCUUCCGGCAGUUGAAAAUAUCAGUUGUGAAGGAGAAGCCCAAUGUGUGCAUCCUUCAUGACAGGCAUGCAGAACUAGCUAUGGAGUACAAUUUGAUAUGUGACAGACUUAAUGUCUGCACGCAGAGACAUGUUAGGGAUAGGGGAGCUGCAAGAGAUGCAGCGGUGAGGGCACAUGUUGAAGCAGUAGUUGCACAGUUGGCAACAGGAACAGCAACCGUGGAGGAGCCUGUUGCGCUAUGUGACUUGCCAGUCUUUGACCCACUUGGUACUAGGAGAAGGGUCAGGAGGUCGAUUAAAACCUUCCAGCAGUGGAUAGAGCAUGAGCCUCUGGAGAGAUGGUCUUUGCUACAUGACACACAUGGAGCAAGGUACGGUGUCAUGACAACCAACCUUGCAGAAACAUACAACUUUGUCCUCAGAGGAAACCGAGCAUUGCCACUUACAGCCAUCGUUGAGGGUAUUUUCUAUGGCACCGUGAAGUAUUUCAGAGUUAGAUGUCAAAAAGCAGAGCAGCAUAUAUUUAACAACCCAAAUACACGUUACUGUGAAAGAGUCAUGAAGUACAUGGACGAAAAGAUGCAAAAAAGCUAG